UAGAAUGCUCAAUGCGCCGCUGCUCCCGGAAUCGGGCAUGGAUCAGCCGUCGAGGCGGCGCUCUAGCGGCGUGAUUGUGGAUGAAAGCGCUGGGCAGCAGCAGCAGCAGCGGCAGCAGCGGCAUCGGCGACGCGAGAGCAUGUCGAUGCUGCGGAGGAUUUCGGGGAAAUGGCAGUUCAAGUGCCACAAGAUGCUCCAGGAGGGCGCAUUCCUCGACACGGAGGCCCCCAUUUCGGAAGGUGUGCGGGAGUAUAACAAGAGGCAAAGAGAAGCGCUGGAAAUGUUUGAGGAGGUCGAUUCUCUUCUCCACGUCUCCAAAUCGACCAAGAGCGCUGAAAGCAUCGAUGGCACUCUUCAUAGCAACGAGAGCUUUGCGAUCAACAUCUCAAACAUCUCCAACGUGAUCUUGCUGAUCAUGAAGCUAUACGCGACCAUCCAGACGCAGUCCCUGGCUAUCGCAGCAUCAACUCUCGACUCACUCUUGGAUCUCGUCGCCGGUUUGAUCCUAUGGUUCACACAAUGGUCGAUGCAAAGCACGGAUGUUUACAACUAUCCGAUCGGGAAGCUGCGAGUUCAACCGGUGGGGAUCAUAAUCUUUGCCGCGGUCAUGGCUACUGUAGGUCUACAGAUUUUCCUCGAGGGAGUGAAACAGUUGUUUGAAAAGAGCGAGGAGAACCAACUUAGUCAGAGCCAGUGGGUGUGGCUUCUUGUCAUAAUGGGGACAGCAACGCUUGUCAAGCUUGCACUCUUCUUUUACUGCAGAGCCUUUGACAACGAGAUCAUACGAGCUUAUGCAAUGGAUCACUACUUUGAUGUUGUCACCAAUUUGGUAGGAUUGAUUGCUGCUGUUCUGGCUGACAAGUUCUACUGGUGGCUCGAUCCAGUCGGCGCGAUCAUUUUGGCGGUGUACACGAUCGUAAACUGGUCCGAAACUGUGAUCGAAAACGCUGUUUCGCUGAUUGGGAAGGCUGCUCCUCCGGAGAUCCAGCAGAAGCUCACCUACAUAACUUUCAAUCAUCACAGAGACAUCAAGCACAUUGACACCGUCCGAGCAUACACAUUUGGUGCCUUGUACUUCGUGGAGGUUGGGAUCGAAUUGCCCGAAAGCAUGCCACUGCGUGACGCUCACGAGAUUGGCCAGACGCUCCAGCAAAAAUUCGAAGCUCUCCCGGAGGUGGAGAGAGCGUUCGUGCAGCUAGAACACGACUUCAGGCAAAGGUCGCAACACCAAAGAGGACUUAUCAUAGUGGAUAGAUAGUAAAUAACAAAAAGAGUGUUUGCUUUCAAA